AUGCUGGCCGUGGAUCGCAAGUGCAAAACACGCGAUCGAAUCAAGAAACAACAACCCCUCUCACCCACAGCUCCCCCCCCCUCCGUCCCAUCCCACAUUCAGCUGGGUAAGUCCGCUCAAUCUGGCAGCUUGGAAUGUUAGUUCCCUUUUAGACAAUCCGGGGAACAACCAACAGGAGCGGAGGACGGCGAUAGUCACUGGUGAAUUAACGCGCUACAAGGUGGACGCGACUGCUCCUCGCGUGACCCUCUUCUCCGAACAGGACUAG